ACUGUCGGUGACCCCAUGAGAAGGGGCUGGUCUGACAGGAACCCCCGCAGGUCUGUGUCCGGGGUGGACGCUGACCCCGACCUAGUCCACGUGGAGGCCCAGGACGCCGGGGGAGGCUUCAGGUACAUCACCUGCCAUCUUCACAACUGCUCCUCACAGCCGCCGGAGGCCGCGCUGGUUGGGCCCAUUGACCCCGGCUCCCUGGCCGUGCGGGACGACUACGCCUUCAUCCAGGUCACCUCGGCCAGCAGCACCAAGCACUACGUCUCCUACCGGCGCCAGGACUUCGUCCAGAUGAAGCUGCCCAAGUACGCCCUGCCCAAGGACCUGCAGAUCAUCAGCACGGACGAGGGCCAGGUGUUGGCGGCGGUGCAGGAGUGGCACCAGACGGACACCUACAACCUGUACCAGUCCGACCCCCGCGGGGAGCACUACUCCCUGGUGCUGGAGCACGUGCGCAGCUCACGGCAGGCAGAGGAGAGCGUGCUGGUGGACGUCCUGGAGGUCCGUGGGGUGAAAGGCGUGUUCCUGGCCAACCAGAAGCUGGACGGCAAGGUGGUGACACUCAUCACCUACAACAAGGGGCGCGACUGGGGCUUCCUCAGAGCCCCCAGCACCGACAUGAACGGCAGGCCAACCCGCUGCGGGCCCCCCGACUGCCACCUGCACCUGCACCUGCGCUGGGCCGACAACCCCUAUGUGUCCGGCACCGUGCACACCAGGGACACCGCCCCCGGCCUCAUCAUGGGCGCAGGGAACCUGGGCUCGCAGCUGGUGGAGUACAAGGAGGAGAUGUACCUGACCGCGGACUGCGGGCACACCUGGCGGCAGGUCUUUGAGGAAGAGCACCACAUCCUGUACCUGGACCACGGCGGCGUGAUUGUGGCCAUCAAAGACACCUCCAUCCCCCUCAAGAUCCUCAAGUUCAGUGUGGAUGAGGGCGCCACCUGGAGCAACCACAACUUCACCAGCACCUCGGUGUUCGUGGACGGGCUGCUGAGUGAGCCGGGAGAGGAGACGCUGGUCAUGACGGUUUUUGGCCACAUCAGUUUCCGCUCCGACUGGGAGCUGGUGAAGGUGGACUUCCGGCCCCUGUUCCCCCGGCCCUGCACCGAGGCCGACUACAGCGCCUGGGACCUCGCAGACCUGCAGGGUGACCGCUGCAUCAUGGGGCUGCAGAGAAGCUUCCGGAAGCGGAAGGCCUCGUCCCGGUGCGUGAAGGGCAAGGGCUUCUCGGCGCCCCUCACCUCUCGUGUCUGCCCCUGCCGGCCCUCAGACUUCCUCUGUGACUACGGCUUCGAGCGCGUCCCCUCCUCCUCCAAGGCUGACGCCCACCAGUGUCUUGCCGACUUCUGGUUCAACCCGCUGUCGCCCCCUGAGGACUGUGCCCCUGGGCAGACCUACACCAGCACCUUGGGGUACCGGAAGGUGGUGUCCAGCGUGUGCGAGGGGGGCGUGGACCUGCAGCAGAGCCCGGCCCGCCUGCCCUGCCCCCUGAUGCCCCCUCGCGGCCUGCGGGUCAGCCUCCGCGGCGAGGCGGUGGCCGUGCGGCCGGGGGACGAGGUCCGGUUCCUGGUGCGGCAGGAGCAGGGCGACAUGCUGACCACCAGGUACCAGGUGGACCUGGGGGACGGCACCAAGACCGAGUACGUGAACCUGACGCUGAGCGGAGACCCCGUCCGCCAUCGCUAUGCACGCCCCGGGGUGUACCGCGUGGCUGUCACCGCUGAGAACCCAGCCGGCCGAGACGAGGCUGUGCUGUUUGUGCAGGUCAACGCCCCCCUGCAGGCCCUGCACCUGGAGGUGGCCCCCGUCACAGGCGUCAACCAGGAGGUGAACCUCACGGCCGUGCUGCUGCCCCGGAACCCUAACCUGACGGUCUUCUACUGGUGGGUCGGACACAGCCUGCAGCCCCUGCUGUCCCUGGAGAACUCGGUGACCACGCGCUUCGGGGCUCCUGGGGAGGUGCGCGUGACGGUGCAGGCGGCCUGCGGGGCCUCGGUGCUGCAGGACUCCAGGGUGGUGCGCGUGCUAGACCAGUUCCAGCUUGUGCCCCUGCAGUUCUCCGAGGACCUGGACACCCACAACCCGGACACGCCCGCCUGGAGGGAGGACGUGGGCUCGGUGGUCAGCCGCCUCCUGGCCAAGGAGACCGGGGUCCCCGUGGAACUGCUGGUGACCGUGGUGAGGCCGGGGCUGCCCACGCGCGCCGACCUGCACCUGCUCCUGCCGCCGCCGGGGUCCUCUCAGCAGCACAGCCUGAGGCUGAAGGCCAUGGAGCAGGCCCUGAGGGCACAGAAGGUCCAUUUCCUGCUCCGAGGUGGUGUCCGAGUACUUGUGACCCUCAGGGACCCUGACGCAGGCUCUCAGCAUCUAGGCAGCAGUGGUGGCUACUGGGCUGUGGCUGUCCUCUUUGUCACCGGGCUGCUUGCCGCGGGGACCUUCAUUUUCUUCAAGUUCAAAAGGAAACAGCCCGGCAGGACGGUAUACGCCCAGAUGCACAACGAGAAUGAACAAGAGCUGACCGUCCCCGCAGGGCACUGCCCGCCUGCGCCCGGCGGCCCACAGGGAGAAGCCUUCCUGGACGGUCACCUGGACUCCCGCUCCCUGGCGCCCAGCCCCUCACGCACCCCCCUGCUGCCCGCCCCCCGCACAGCCAACCACUCGGGCGUGGUCCUAAGCAUCAAUUCCCGCGAGAUGCACAGCUACCUGGUCAGCUGAGGCCCAGCACCCAGCACCCUGAGGGCGCAGACCGCCAGGCCGGGCCCCAGGACACCUGCAGAAGAGCCGCCUCCCGCCCGCCGUCCCCACACGGGGGUCAGAUGCCCCUCAUCCAGCUCCCUUCCUGGACGCCAGCCCACUCCAGCCCACCCCCGCCCUCUGGGCCCCGCUGAGGUGGGGUCUGGGGUCUCCCCAGGAAUGCCUCCCAGGACUCCAGCCGUAGCUCUGCAUCUCUCGCCCACGUGGGGAACCCCACUUCUGAAAACUGACCCCCAGACGGGCCGCCUCCCCACCUCCUGUCUGCGGCUCUCUGAAAACCUCCCUGGGUUUGCACCGGUGGGGGGCUAUUUCUGGGGGCCAUCUGGGCUGCGUAGUUAGAACGUGGGCCCUUGACAGCGGGAUGGGGGGUGGGCGGGAGAGAUGGGGCCCUCCCACAGCCGCCUUGCCCCCCGCCCCAUGCUCACACCUCGAGAUGUGACAGCACCCCCACCCUGUGGGCUCCAGCAAAGCCUGGGUGAUAGACCCUGUCCCCUAGGGCAGGAGGGGGGACAGGAGGGGCCUCUCUGGAGCAGCCCGGCCCACGGGACCUCGGUCACAGUGGGGGCCAGACGCGGGGCUGUCACAAGGCCGGGUGGUGGGUCCCGUCCCCGCAUGCCCACCCUUCACCUGGUGCCUGUCCCUCAGCAAACCCCCCCCCCGCCUGUGACAGCUUGGUCAGCCCUGGGGACCCGGCAGGGCAGGCCUCCUUCGGGGACAGCCCCCUGGCCGUCUUGUCUCUGGUGUGGCCGGGCCCACCCGUCGGGGACUCGAGGCUCUGGGCGGAGGGGUGGGGGUCCCCCCGCUGGCCCUGGGAGCUUGGGGUGCAGAUGCCAACAGCCUUUCUUAUGUUCCCUUUUUAAUAACCAAUAAACCGUUUGUGAUGCUUUUA